CCUGCCGGGCGCGCGCGGACCGGGACGCCGGGGCUGCGCGGCGGGGUGGGCGCGCCGGUCUGAGCCUCAGUUUCCCAGUCUGUACAGCGAGGUGGCUGGACUUGAAGGGCCCUUGCAGGGGAAACAUUCUAACAAUCUCUUUUUGUCACUGGCGAUUCCAUACCUGGCCCUGAUGGAGGGAGAAGCACCAGCCCUUAGGUGGAGACGGGCACCCUCCUGGAGUCCCACAGCUCGCCAGGUCCCUGUCAUGGCGUCCCCAGCCCUCUCUACACGCCGGGGCGUGGCAGCUUGUCCUAAGCAAUGUCUCCCGUGGCCGCCAGCAGCCCGGCCCCACCUCGCGGGGGCUCUAAGGAGGGUCCCAGCGGCUGCCGCCCCUGCUCAUCACAGAGGAAGCCAACAGCAGGUACAGGUGGCUGCCCCUGUCUGUCCCCGCCGGGGCUGGGUGGUGCAUCUCCCCACCUGCGCGGCUCUGGUCUACUCAGGGUCUCCUCCCCUGGACGCCCCACUCAGUUCCAGGCCCUUGGAAUACAAGAGGUGCCAGGAACUGUGCCGUGAAGAUGCCUGGUGUGAGCGGGUUUGGGUGGAAACUGGGAAGAGGAGUUUUACAUCUGGUGAUUGUGCUGGAGCACUGAGGCAUCUCUUGCAAGAAGCUGAGACUGUCCCCAAACUGAAAUUCAGAAGAGGCUGGGCUCCAGGUCAUGGGACUGUGAGAUGCAACCUGUGCCGCCUCCACAACAAGACAUCGCAGGCACCCUGGGAAGAGAGUUCAACCUGCUACCCCCCUCGGCCUGGGGUCUGGGUGACCCCACCCACGCCAGCUGCAGCACCAGCGUGUGGGUCUCGGGCAGCCGUGGCCUAGAGGAGCAGGGACCCUUUGCACUUGGCCUUUUGCGCUGGCUGCGGCAGCCGGGCAGGGCGGGUGGAGCUGCUAGAUCCCUCCACGGGGCCCCUCAGGGCUCCCCACACCUGCCACACGAGGGAAGAAGAGUGGUUCCAAAGGGACACACUUGACGUCUACUCAAAGCCACUCAGGAAGUGACUAUCGCAGCCUCAUUCCUUGACAUGAGUCGGACCGGUGUCCCUGGUGGACAAACGGGAAGGUUUAAGUCUGCACGAUACAAAUCAAUAGUAAAAUGAGGGGGGCAUUGAAGCAA